AUGCUUGACGCCGAGAAGAAGGAUGGAGCGCCUGACCACCUCGAGCACCCAGGCGAAGGCCAGGCUCAACUCGCAAACCUGGGAAACCAGGAGGAGCACGAGCUCGGAAAGUUGGAGUCGUUGAGAAAGUUCCCAAAAGCGUCCUUCUGGUGCGUCUACGCCAUAUGGUGUGUUCUGGUCCUGGCGUUCGAGAACCAGGCUGGCGGCAGCAUCUUGAGCAUUCCAGAGUUCCGAAAGGACUUUGGCCAUGAAUUCGAAGGCUCCUAUGUCUUGGACGCGAAAUGGCAAUCUGCCUUCAACGGCGCACCUAUCGCUUCAGCCGUUGUCGGUGCCUUGGGUAGCGGUCCUCUAGCAGAUAUCUUUGGGCGGAAAAAGGUCAUUGGUCUCGCAUUGGCGUUCUCCGUCACCGGCAUCACCCUCGAAUUCGUCGCAACCACGAAUGAACUCUUCUUUGGUGGCAAGUUCAUCAACGGGUUCGCCAUCGGUGCUCUCUCGACCGUGGCUGUCACGUACAUCGGAGAGAUUACACCACUCGCUCUCCGCGGCCUCUUCACCUGCCUAUCAGCCUUAUCAUACACACUCGGCCCCUUGGUCGUUGCUAUCAUCAUCAACGAGACCGGCACCCUCAACAGCCGCUGGGCAUACCGUGCAGUUUUUUGUGCUCAAUAUGGUUUCGCCGCGAUCGCAGCCAUCUUCCUGCCGUUCAUGCCAGAGAGCCCUUGGUAUCUGGCCAUGAAGGAGAAAGAUGAAGAAGCGCUCAAGAGUUUGAGCAAGCUCGGGCACCCCGGAGACGAAGGCCGUGUCAGGUUGGCCGUCAUUCACCAGACACUGGAGCAGGUUAGCCAAGAAACCGCCGGUGCCAGCUACCUCGAGUGCUUCCGCAAAUCGAACUUGAGACGUACCAUCAUCAGUAUCUCGCCUCUUUGCAUCCAAUCACUCUCAGGAAUCACGUUUGCCGCCUCCUAUUUUACGUACUACAUGCAGCUCGCUGGUUACAGCACCGCCGCCAGCUUCAAGCUCCAGAUCGUCCAGCAAUGCUGCUCUCUCAUUGGCAACGUCAUGUCCUGGUACUUGGUUGACAAGGUGGGACGUCGGCCCUUGACAGUGUACGGACUCGCGUUCUUGACCGUGAUCCUCUUCAUCACCGGUGGCCUCGCCCUUCCUGGAACGCUCGCGUUCAACAGGGGUACCGUCGCGCUGCUGAUGAUGUACUGCUGGUGGUACAACGUCACGAUCGGUGCGACCGCGUACACGAUCCUCGCCGAGGUCUCGACUUCACGGCUUCGCAUCAAGACCAUCGCUCUCGGUCUCGCUCUGCAGAACGCGCUCACGACCAUGUGGAACUUUGUUCUGCCUUACCUCUUCAAUCCUGAUCAGUUGAACCUCGGCGCCAAGCUGGCUUUCAUUUUUGGUGGUUUGGCCGUCAUUUCGUUGGUGCACCUUUGGUUUAACCUGCCCGAGACGGCUGGGAGAACAUACGAGGAGUUGGAUGAGAUGUUUAUGAAGAAGAUCCCGGCCCGCCAGUUCAAACAAUAUACUACGGAAACUACUGUACGAGGAGAAGCUGUCAAGACGGCUAUGGAGAAGGAGAAUGACUUGUAA